ACGAGUACCUGUUCAGGUGGACCAGGACAACUCGUUAGAAGAACCAUCAUGGCACUCCAAUGGGUGAAGCCGUGGAUCGCUCUGGUCUUCGGACUAUCUGCUGCACAUUCUGAGACUGUUAUGAUUCCAGACAUGACUUCCAUUGGGAGUCUAUAUGAUUCCAAACUGCAAAUCGUAUCAGCAGGAGUGAGUCCCACUCAUAACGGACAGGUCUGCAGCACAUGGGGUAACUACCACUACAAAACCUACGAUGGAGACCUCUUCCAGCUGCCCUACACCUGUAACUAUGUGCUGUCGUCGUUGUGUAAGAGCAGCAGCGGCUACGAGGCCUUUAACAUUCAGCUGCAGCGCGGGGAGGUAGAUGGGCUGCCCACCAUCACCAAGGUUUCUUUGAAGCUGGAUGGAACCUUCGUGGAGCUGGCCAACGGUAACGUCAGCGUCAACGGAUUACAGGUCACCAUACCGUUUGGUCAGUUUAACGUCUUCAUUGAGAGGACUGUUUCCUAUGUGAAGAUCACAGCCAAGCUGGGGUUAGUCAUCAUGUGGAAUGAAGAUGAUUCCCUCUGGGUGGAGCUGGACUCAAAGUUCCAGAAUCAGACAUGUGGGCUGUGUGGAGACUUCAACGGAGUCCAGAACGAGUUCAAUAGGAAUGAUGAUUAUCUGAAGACAAUCGACUAUGCUGAUAUUUGGAAGAUGAAUGGCCCAACAGAAACCUGUACAGAAAUCCCUGUUCACACUGAGCAGUGUGAAGACCAGACCAAACUUUGUGAGCAGCUUCUCACCAGUCUUGCCUUCAGUAGCUGUAAGGACCUGAUUGCCACAGACUCCUUCAUCAAGGCCUGUGCAGAAGACAUGUGUCACUGUGGCAACAGCAGCAGCAGUGUCACCUGCGCCUGUCCCACCAUGUCAGAGUACUCCCGCCAGUGUGCUCACGCAGGGGGGAAACCCCAGGAGUGGAAGACCGACCUGUUCUGCUUGGAGACGUGUCCUUUAAGCAUGCAGUACCAGGAGUGUGGUAGUCCCUGCACUGAUACCUGCUCCAACCCAAAGAGGAACCAGCAUUGUGAGGAACACUGCACCGACGGAUGCUUCUGCCCUGCUGGAACCGUGUUUGAUGACAUCACCCAGACUGGCUGUGUAGCUGUGAACCAGUGCUCUUGUCUCCACAACGGACAAUCUUACCAGCCUGGACAAUCAUUCUCAAGAACAUGCCACGAAUGUACCUGUAUACAAGGCCAGUGGAGUUUGGGAGGUUCCCACAUCACCACCUAUGAUGGGAAAGCCUACACCUUCCAUGGAGACUGCUCAUAUGUCCUGUCCAAGCAAACCAACGAGACUGCUUUCACAGUCCUGGGUGACAUAGUGAAAUGCGGGAAGACGGACAUUGAGACCUGCCUAAGAUCUGUAACCCUGGUGACUCCAGAGUCCACGAUGAUCGUCAUCGAGGCCAGUGGAAGGGUCUUUGUCAACAAGAUGUUUUCUCAGAUGCCACUUUUCAUGGCGGAUGUAAGGAUCUUUCAGCCCUCUACGUUCUACAUUGUUGUGCAUACCUCUUAUGGGCUCCGUCUAGAGGUCCAGCUAACACCUAUAAUGCAGGUCUACAUCGUAGCUAGCAGUUCACACAAAGAAAAAACCCAGGGUCUUUGCGGAGACUUUAACGGUGUCCAAGCUGACGACUUCAGAACCAUCAAUGGACUGGUGGAAGGAACCGCUGUGACGUUUGCCAACACGUGGAAGACCAAAGCAAGCUGUCCUGAUGUGGCACAGAACUUUGAGAUCCCAUGCAGUCUGAGUGUAGAGAACGAGAGAUAUGCCAAUCACUGGUGCUUGAUGCUGUCAGAUCGUGAAGGAAUAUUUUCCCAAUGCCACACUGAGAUCAACCCAAAUUACUACAAGGAAAUCUGCCUAUAUGACAGUUGUAACUGUGAGAGGAGUGAGGAGUGCAUGUGUGCUGCGGUCUCCUCCUACGUCCAUGCAUGUGCUGCUGCAGGCGUCCUGCUCAGUGGAUGGAGAAACACCACCUGUGGGAAGUACUCCUCUAGCUGCCCUGACACGAUGGUCUAUGACUAUACCAUGACCAGCUGUGACCGCACCUGUCGUUCACUGAGCCAGACAGACUUCACCUGCCAGUUAGACCAUGUGUCUGUGGACGGCUGUGGCUGUGCCGAGGGAACCUACCUGAACGACCAGGGAGAGUGUGUCCCUGCCUCACGCUGCUCCUGCUACAAUGGAGGCACAGUGGUACCCGCUGGAGAGGUCACCAGGAUCUAUGGGGCUACAUGUGCAGAGCCCGGAGCCAAGGGCUCAGAGUGCCAGAAGAGCUGUCAAACACUAGACAGUCACUGUGACUACUGCAGCAACAAUGCAAACGGUACCUUUAGAGUGAUCACAGAGAACAUUCCCUGUGGAACCACCGGCACCACCUGUUCCAAGGCCAUCAAGCUCUUCUUGGGGAGCAAUGCGAUCAUACUAGCAGAUGAAUCUGUAAAAGUGAUCAAACAAGAGAACGGGGUAGACGUGCCAUACCAGGUCCACUCUAUCGGUCUCUAUGUUGUUGUUGAGGCUGGAAAUGGCCUGAUCCUCAUGUGGGACAAGAAGAAUAGCCUGUUCAUCAAACUCAGCUCUACCUUCCAGGGCCAAGUGUGUGGUCUGUGUGGAAACUACGACGGUAAUGGAAAGAACGACUUCAUGUCCAGAAACCAGGAAGUGGUUGUUGAAGCUCUGGAGUUUGGGAACAGCUGGAAAGUGUCCCCCAGUUGCCCCAACGCUGAUGUCAUAAAAAACCCAUGCACUUUAAGAUCAUACAGGCAGUCCUGGUCUCUGAAACGCUGCAGCAUCAUCACCAGUAACGUUUUCUCAGCCUGCCACUCACAGGUGGACCCCACGCCAUUCCAUGAUGCCUGUGUGAGGGACUCGUGUGCCUGUGACACUGGGGGAGACUGCGAGUGUUUCUGUACAGCUGUAGCAGCCUACGCCCAGGCCUGUAACGAGGCAGGGGCUUGUAUCAAGUGGAGAACACCAGAUAUCUGCCCUCUGUUCUGUGAUUUCUACAACCCUAUUGGUGAGUGUGAGUGGCAUUAUAAUCCGUGUGGAUACCCCUGUAUGAAGACCUGCAAGAAUCCCUCAGGAACAUGCUCCAGUCAGAUCCCUGCACUGGAAGGUUGCUAUCCAAAAUGUCCUUCGGCCCAGCCUUAUUUGGAAGAAAGUACCAUGAAGUGUGUCAGUAAGAAGGACUGUGGUUGCUACGAUGGAGAUGGAACUCAUUACAACGAUGGAGAGGUUAUACCUUCCAAAGAGAACUUCGUUGCUCAUCAACUGAGGUCAGAUGCAGCUAUGAUGUCCAAGCACCCCAAUUCCAACAACUACACCAAGUGUUACAACAACACAGAUACUCACUCAAGCACCGACCACAUUUGUUUUCUCAACUCCUGCCACUACCCCAACAACAACCCCUACAUCUACCCCAACAACAACCCCUACCUCUACCCCAACAACAACUUCUACCACUACCACAACCAUAACCCCUACCCCUACCCACACAACAACCAUGACACUGACUACAACCCCUUCUACUACCCACACAACAACCCCUACAUCACCAACACCCACUUCACCCACUACUACUCCACACUGCCUGACCAAGACUGUCUUCAGGCCCACAACAACCAUUACAACAACUACCCCAACAACAACAACAACAGAAAGUCCAACACCAACAAUUACCCCAACAACAACAACACCAACAGAAAGUCCAAGAUCAACAACAACAACUAUGUCAACAAAAUAUUCCACCACAAAAAGGCACACAACAACCAUUGCAACAUCAUCAACUACCCCAACAACAACAACAACAACAGAAAGUCCAACACCAACAACUACCCCAACAACAAGAACAACAGAAAAUCCAACAACAACAACUACCCCAACAACAAGAACAACAACAGAACGUCAAACAACAACUAUCCCAACAACAACAACUACAAAAGAAAGUCCAACAACAACAACUACCCCAACAACAAGAACAACAACAGAAAGUCCAACAGCAACAACUACCCCAACAACAAGAACAACAACAGAACGUCCAACAACAACAACAGAAAAACCAACAUCAACCACAACAACCUUUACUCUGACAACCACCCCUACCACCUCCACAACCCCUACCACUACCCCCACAACAACCAUUACUCUGAAAACAACCCCUUCCACUACGCCCACAACAACCAUUACUCUGACAACAACCCCUUCCAAUACGCCCACAACAACCAUUACUCUGACAACAACCCCUUCCACUACGCCCACAACAACCCCGACUUCACCAACACCCACUUCACCCACUACUACUCCACACUGCCUGACCAAGACUGUGUAAAGGCAUACAACAACCAUUGCAACAUCAUCAACUACCCCAACAACAACAACAACAGAAAGUCCAACACCAACAACUACCCCAACAACAAGAACAACAGAAAAUCCAACAACAACAACUACCCCAACAACAAGAACAACAACAGAAACCCCUACCACUACCAUAACAACAACCCCAACCAUUACCCCAACAACAACCCCUACCAUUACCCUAACAACAACCCCUGCCAUUACCCCAACAACAACCCCUACCAUUACUCCAACAACAACCCCUACCAUUACCCCAACAACAACCCCUAUCAUUACCCCAACAACAACCCCUAUCAUUACCCCAACAACAGCCCCUACCACGACCACAAGCCCUACCACAUUAUAUACAAUGACAAAUAUGUGCAUCCAUGUCAAGGAGCACAAAUGACCCGUGACUUUGUAUGUGACUCAUUCAUGGAGGGCUGUUUCUGCCCUGAGGGUACCAUCUUGUUCAACACAUUCUCUGACACCUGUGUUCGUGACUGUGGAUGCACAGGACCUGAUGGAAAACCCAAACAGUUUGGUGAGACUUGGUACAGUAACUGCCAGAAGUGCACGUGUAAUGCUGACACACUGAGUGUCCAGUGUGAACCAGUGAAAUGUCCGCCCCAAGAAAUUGUUACCUGUAAGAAGUACGGUGAGGUGUUGGUCAACGAGACGGUGGACUGCUGUCAGAUAAAUACAUGUGGUGAGUAG